AUGGCUUCGGUCGUAACGCAACAACCACUUUCAGACAUCCUGAAGCAGGAACCGCAACAAUGGGAUGAUUCCCGACCAGAAUUCUGUUCCACACCGCGGUCACGCGCGCACCACAGUCUUUGCCUGCAUCGUGUGGAUUCAGUCAAUCAUACGUCAGGUGAUGAAGAAACUUCAACCAAACCAAUCCCUUACACACCGAAACUGCGACAAACCCAACUGAAUUUGUCCGUCUUUCGGGAUGACGAAUCCACAGUGGCUAUGGUCGGUGAAUUAAAUUUCAACUACACUGUACAACCGGAUGACAAAAACAUUUCAGUCGCUUAUAAAACAUCCGAUGAAAUCGAAUAUAAUCCACUCCUUGAAUCAAUUGAUCACCAUGACAGUUCACGUGUGAUGAAGCAAACAGUUCUCACCAGCGAUUUAUCGUUGACUGAUCAUCCUGUAGCGAAAGAAACUACCAGGCGACAAAAGAAACCAGCAGCAGAGAAGAAGAGUCAACGCGGUGCACGUAAUCGUAGCGUUGAAUCCCGUGCGUCGGGCACACUACUUCCGGUCGUUCGUCCACGCCCACGUGUGAAGGCGGUCUCGUUGAGUCCGAAAAAGGGACCCGUUCCUGUCACAACUGAACCGGAUGAGAAGCCUGAAAGGAGAACGAAACGUCAGACCCAAUUGACCACCUACGGGAUUCGUCGCACUGCUCGCCAGUUUCACAAAGAUCAAGAGGUAACGGAAUCAGCCGCACAUAUCGGUACCUCCAGUCGUUUGGUUAUCGGACAGAAGUGGUGCGUGGAUGCCACGAAAGAGACUCCUCGCUUGGGGCGCCUGAUCAAUCACAGUCGAUUGCAUCCGAAUUGUCACGUGAAGGUGAUUCCGCUUGAUGGCAUGCCCCGACUGGUCUUGUUCGCCCGACAAACUAUCAAUCCGGGUAAGUGUUUUCCCCUCGCCAAUCGAGCACUCCCUAACAGAUAA